AUGGAGAAGCUUCACAUCUCCUCCAGAGCUGACAAUGUCAACAUCGAUGACAUCCUCUUCCAACAGGGUCCACGAAAACGCCAAAAGCAAGAUCCAGCCUUGCUCAAGUCCCAACUUGAGAAGGACUUCCUGAGCCCAUCCAGCAAGUUCUCCACAGAAUGGCUCAACCGCUUGCAGCAACGCUGGGACUGCCCGACCGACCUCACAGAGCUCUUCCGCAUUGCUCCCACCCAGACGAGGACGGUAACACGCUUUACAAGACAAGGCCUUGAGGGCAGGGUCUCUGGAUACAAGAACGUCACAGUUCCAGCGAACAGUGCGACGGCCAAGAACUCUACAAGCCUGACACGAAAACCCGCUAGUCGCGCCGAUUUCGUCAGGGGUGCUGCCGGAUUCUUUCCCUUUGCGCCAGGUGGACUGGAAGGUGUCGACUCAAUUGCUGCAAGCGAAGACCAACUGCUGAGGCCCGGCGCUGUCGGUCCAAACGGUACCGGAACCAAGCUUGAGCGCGUCAUAAAACUUGGUGCUGAAGGCGGCUUACUAGAAGUUGCGCCAGGUCUUGAAAGGGGCAUUGACUUCACCAAGAAGGCCAGCGUUGACGAGUCCGAUGCAAAGGCCGUUGAGGAAGUGCUCGACCAGGAACCCGAAGCCGCACCAGAGACGGACGAGACCAACGGUAUACCCGCUCAGCCAACAGAAGAGGAGUCUGACGAGGAAGACGGUGAGGACAUUGACGCCUUGCUCCCAGUUGAGUUCCCCGCCCUCGAACCUCAUAGCACCCUUGCUGCGUCUAGCGCUAGAAAAGCUGGCAAGGAAUGGGCGCAUAUGGUCGACAUCAACAGAGGCAUACCCAACUUCAGGGAGCUCGUGCCAGAUAUGGCAAGAGAAUGGCCCUUUGAAUUGGACAACUUUCAGAAGGAGGCUAUCUAUCACCUUGAGAAUGGCGAUUCCGUGUUUGUGGCAGCCCAUACUUCGGCAGGAAAGACCGUGGUUGCCGAGUAUGCUAUUGCUCUGGCAGCAAGGCAUAUGACCAAAGCGAUCUACACCUCGCCUAUAAAGGCGCUCAGCAAUCAGAAGUUUCGUGACUUCAGAAAUGAUUUUGAGGAAGUCGGUAUCCUGACCGGUGAUGUGCAAAUCAACCCCGAGGCCAGCUGUCUUAUCAUGACCACCGAAAUUCUGCGGAGUAUGCUCUACAGAGGAGCCGAUUUGAUCCGAGAUGUUGAGUUUGUCAUAUUCGACGAAGUACACUAUGUCAAUGAUUUUGAGCGUGGCGUUGUGUGGGAAGAAGUCAUCAUUAUGCUUCCUGAGCAUGUGUCUCUAAUCUUGCUGUCAGCUACCGUCCCGAACACGAAGGAGUUCGCUCAAUGGGUGGGGCGCACGAAACAAAAAGACAUAUAUGUCAUUGCUACACCCAAAAGACCCGUGCCACUCGAGCACUACUUAUGGGCUGGCAAGAACAUACACAAGAUUGUCGAUGCGGAAAAGAAGUUCAACGAGAAGGGCUGGAAGGAGGCCGAUCAAGCACUCAGGGGUAAAGACAAGGUACUUCCUGCUCCCGCACCGGCAGGGCGAGGUGGUGCAAACCAGCGUGGAAACCAGAGGGGCGGUGCUCAACGUGGUGGCCAGCAGCAAGGACGUGGUGGGAGGGGCGGCAAUAGUCAAGGGCGCGGUCGUGGUGGUCCUCCUCGUGCAAGCCAUGCUCCGGGCCACAUGGGUAGAGCGGGUCGCCCUGGAGGAUUCAGCUCUUUGAACCAGGACAAGAAUCUCUGGGUUCAUAUGGUCCAGCACUUGAAAAAGUCGACCUUGCUGCCAGCCUGCAUUUUCGUCUUUUCGAAGAAACGUUGCGAGGAGAAUGCGGAUGCUCUUAGUAACCAGGAUUUUUCCACAGCUCAAGAGAAGAGUCACAUUCACAUGAUUGUGGAGAAGUCGGUGGCACGGCUCAGGCCCGAGGACAGAAGUCUGCCACAGAUUGUUCGCAUACGAGAGCUCUUAUCCAGGGGUAUAGCUGUACACCAUGGUGGCUUGUUGCCCAUUGUGAAGGAGCUUGUUGAGCUCCUCUUUGCUCAGACCCUGGUGAAAGUACUCUUUGCGACUGAGACCUUCGCUAUGGGCCUCAAUCUGCCAACCCGUACCGUUGUGUUCUCAGGUUAUCGAAAGCAUGAUGGACACUCAUUCCGAAAUCUACUACCGGGAGAGUAUACCCAGAUGGCUGGCCGUGCUGGCCGUCGUGGUCUUGAUACUGUCGGCACAGUCAUCAUCGUACCACCUGGUGGAGGAGAUGAGGCGCCUCCUGUCGCUGACUUACAGAACAUGAUCACUGGUCAGCCUAAUAAGCUGAAGUCACAGUUCAGGUUGACAUAUAACAUGAUCCUGAAUCUGCUACGUGUUGAGGCGCUCAAGAUUGAAGAAAUGAUUAAGCGUAGUUUCUCUGAGCAUGCCACACAACAACUCUUGCCGGAGCAUGAAAGGGGAGUCAAAGUUGCCCAGGCUGAUUUGGCAAAGAUCAAGAGAGAGGCUUGCGAGAUCUGUGACCCUACUUUGGACGAGUGCCAUGACGCUGCCAUGAAAUACAGAGACCUGACACAAGAACUGCACAAGGGUAUGAUUGCAAUUCCUAUUGGGCGCAAAAUGUUCUCGCAAGGCCGUCUUGUUAUCUUCAAUAAAGACGGCGUCCGGACACCUGGAAUUCUCUUGUCGGAUGGUGUAAGCACCAAGAUAGCCGGCGGCCAGCCCAUGAUCCACGUCUUCGAGAUUCGUACUCUGAGGGAUGCUCGCGACUCUACCGAUCUUUUGCCAUUCUUGCCAGCUUUCCGCUCCUUUCUCACGGCGCUUCCUCAGGCUAAAAAGAAUAUUCAUUUCAAGACGAACCACAUCGCUCUUACUGAUAUAGAAUGCUUGACAAAGACCGUGACAAGGGGCAUCCUGCCUGAGGUCUUCCAGGGUGGAGAUGGCUACAUAAAGGCAAAAGAGCGUCUCUUGCAGCUCUGCAAGACAUGGGAGUCCGACAUUUGGGAAGAGAUGGAGUUCAAUAAGAUCAAGAGCAUGCAGCUACAGGAAUUGGUCAAUAAGCGAUUCACAGAAGCCAACAAGGCCGUAGACACCGCACCGGUAUAUUGCAAGAACUUUCUCAAGCACUUCGCCAUGUGUCAUGACCAAUGGCUCAUCAAGGAGCAUAUCUCAACCCUCCUUGCCACCAUGGCCGAUCAAAACCUGCAGCUCCUACCUGACUACGAACAGCGCAUUCAAGUCCUCAAGGACCUAUCCUUCAUUGACAACGAUACGCGAAUUCAAUUGAAAGGCAAGGUCGCCUGUGAGAUCCACAGUGCCGACGAGCUUGUACUCACUGAGCUCAUCUUGGACAACGUACUCGCCGAUUACGAGCCUGCCGAGAUCGCCGCUCUCCUUUCUGCCUUCGUAUUCCAGGAGAAGACGGACACUGUGCCGAACCUGCCCGGCAAGCUGGAGCAGGGCAUCAAGACAAUUGUUGAUAUUUCAGAGAAGGUCAACAACAUACAAACACUGCAUCAAGUCAUUCAGUCAUCCGAGGAAAGCAACGAUUUCGUCGUCCGCCCGAGAUUUGGUCUGGUUGAAGUUGUGUAUGAAUGGGCUCGGGGUAUGAGCUUCAAGAACAUCACAGAUUUGACAGAUGUUCUUGAGGGCACAAUUGUCAGGACGAUCACGAGAUUAGACGAGACGUGUCGUGAGGUCAAGAAUGCAGCCAGAAUCAUCGGUGACCCAGCCUUGUAUCAGAAGAUGCAGGAAGCCCAGGAGAUGAUCAAGAGGGACAUCACCGCUGUGGCAAGUUUAUACAUGUAA